GUGCGUCGCAGUUGCAGAAUCAGGCGAAGCCGUUAUAGUACUACAAACCAAUCCGUUUUGUUUGACAAACUUAUAACGAACACUGCAGAAGCAGUAUUACAAAAAAUGGAUGACAUGAAGAAGAUGCGUAGACGCCGAAUGAUAGACUUGGAAGACCUUGGGGUGUUCAAUGAUGCCGAGGAAGAAAAUCUUGAUAUGUAUGCUCGAGGAAAGCAAAAGAGAGAGCAAAGAACUGAUGAAGAAACCACUGAUAAUCAAGAUGGCAGUGCAGAGUCAUCUGAAGAAGAAGCUGAAGACCAGGAAGAUGAGGAUGGAGAAGAUAAUCAAAAGCGCUAUGACCUUAGACAGAGGAAAACUGUUGUACGCUACCAAGCCCCAUUGGAAAAGCCAAGGCACCAAAGAAAGCCCAACCUAUUUUAUAAUGGUCCAUCCUCUCCUGUGAGACGAAGAUAUCCUUUUAGCCCUGCAGGACCACGAAGUCCCUACUGUAAAAGGAUUAACAGACGAAAGCAUGCAAUCCAUAACAGUGAUUCCACAUCUUCCUCCUCUUCGUCUGAUGAUGAGCAACGCUUUGAAAGGCGUAGGAAAUGCAGUCGUAACAGAGCAUUAAGCCGGUGUCUUCCACUAAACUUUCGGAAAGACGAAUUAAAAGGAGUUCACAAGGAUCGGAUGAAAAUUGGAGCAAGCCUGGCCGAUGUUGAUCCAAUGCAAAUAGAUUUUUCAGUACGAUUUGAUAGUGUGGGUGGACUAUCUAGCCAUAUUUCAGCUUUAAAAGAGAUGGUGGUUUUUCCAUUGCUUUAUCCAGAAGUAUUUGAGAGAUUCAGAAUUCAGCCUCCAAGGGGCUGUCUAUUCUACGGUCCACCUGGUACUGGAAAAACCCUUGUUGCUAGGGCACUUGCUAAUGAGUGCAGUCAGGGUGAUAGAAGAGUAGCCUUCUUUAUGAGAAAAGGUGCUGAUUGCCUCAGUAAAUGGGUGGGAGAAUCUGAACGACAGCUUCGUUUAUUAUUUGACCAGGCUUAUCAGAUGCGUCCUUCAAUUAUUUUCUUUGAUGAGAUAGAUGGUUUGGCUCCUGUACGAUCCAGUAGACAAGAUCAAAUUCACAGAGGAGAAAUUGUGGUAAUCGGAGCUACCAACAGACUGGAUUCAAUAGAUCCUGCUUUACGAAGACCUGGGCGUUUUGACAGAGAAUUUCUUUUCACCUUGCCAGAUAAAGAGGCUAGAAAAGAGAUUCUCAAGAUUCACACGAGAGACUGGACCCCUAAGCCAUUGGACACGUUUCUUGAAGAGUUAGCAGAAAAAUGUGUUGGAUAUUGUGGUGCAGAUAUUAAGUCCAUAUGUUCUGAAGCUGCUUUGUGUGCUUUGCGCCGACGUUAUCCUCAGAUAUACACUAGCAGUGAGAAGUUGCAGUUGGAUAUCUCUUCUAUUAAAAUAACAGCUAAGGAUUUUGUUGUGGCUAUGCAGAAGACUAUACCAGCUUCUCAAAGAGCUGUGACUUCACCUGGCCAAGCACUCUCAGCCAUUUCGAAACCACUGCUUGAAAAAACACUUCACAGAAUUCUAGGAGCCCUACAAAGAGUGUUUCCACACGUGGAGCUUGGAAUAAAAAAAGGACAAAAGACAGAUGUUGCAAGUCCUAUUUUAGAAAGUGACUUAAUGUAUAGUGAUGAGGAAGUGCCUUCAGUGUUUGAAAAUCCGCUUUCCCAGAAAACACAUAAUAAGCAGAAAGCAAAUGUCCUUAAUUUUAACAGAAGUGCUUAUCGUCAGCCAACAUCUUACAGACCAAGGCUCUUGAUAGUUGGAGAGCCCGGUUUUGGACAGGGCUCUCAUUUGGCACCAGCAGUAAUACAUGCUUUGGAAAAGUUCACGGUGUACACAUUGGAUCUCUCAGUUCUGUUUGGAAUCAGUACCACAUCACCCGAAGAAACAUGUGCACAGUUGAUCCAUGAAGCCAAAAGAACAGCACCAAGUAUAUUAUACAUUCCACAUGUCCACUUAUGGUGGGAGACUGUUGGAUUCACUUUGAAAGCUACAUUUACAACAUUAUUACAGAAUAUUCCAUCAUUUGCUCCAGUUCUGCUGCUUGCAACAUCAGAUGUACAUCAUGCAGCUCUACCAGAAGAGGUGCAGGAAUUAUUUGUUGAUGAUUAUGGAGAAGUUUUCAAUGUCCAGUUGCCUAACAAUGAAGAAAGAAGGAAAUUUUUUGAAGAUUUAAUUCUGAAUCAAGCUGCUAAGCCUCCUGCAUCAAAAAAGAAAGCAGUUUUGCAGGCCUUAGAAGUCCUUCCAGUAGCACCACCGCCUGAGCCACGACAGUUGACAGUCGAGGAGGUGAAACGGCUUGAGGAGCAAGAGGAGGAUACAUUACGUGAACUUAGGAUUUUCUUGAGGAAUGUUACACACAGACUUGCCAUUGACAAACGUUUCAGAGCAUUUACAAAACCCGUUGACCUAGAUGAGGUACCCGAUUAUGUCUCAGUUAUCAAACAGCCAAUGGAUCUUUCAACAGUUAUCUGUAAAAUUGACCUGCACCAGUAUCUGACUGCAAGAGACUAUCUGAGAGAUAUUGAUCUAAUCUGUAGCAAUGCUUUAGAGUACAAUCCAGAUAGAGACCCAGGAGAUCGUCUCAUCAGACAUAGAGCCUGUACUCUGAGAGAUACAGCAUAUGCAAUAGUCAAGGAAGAAAUGGAUGAAGACUUUGAACAACUGUGUGAAGAAAUUCAGGAGUCUCGCAAGAAAAGAGGUUGCAGCUCUUCAAAAUAUGCUCCAUCUUACUAUUAUGUGAUGCCAAAGCAGAGCUCCAUAUCUGAAUGUAAGAAAUUGGAUCCUGAGUGCAGUGAAAAAAUGAAGAUACCUGAUAUGCCUGUGGAUUCCAGCUCACCUUUCCUUUCUAAUGCUUUAUCAAAGAAAAAACCUCGCAGAAAGAAUAGGUGGUCCUUGGGUAGUAUAAAAAAGAGGAGGAAGAUUUUUCAGUUCAAUAAAGAGAACAAAAUUCCAGAGGAAGAGCAGGAUGAAAUUGAGAGUGAUGGAGAAGUGUUGCUGGAAAAUCAUGAUUCCAGUGUAGAUCAGACUGAAGCUGAGGUCACACGUGAUUCUUCAGUGGAAGAAGGGGAAACUGCUCUUCAGGAACGGCAGACAAAUGGUUGUGAAAACAAAUCUGAGGCAGAAGGUGGGAAAGAGAGAGCCAUCUGUGACAAUGCUAAGCAUGGAUCUGAAAAGGAAACCAAUAAGACUCCUGUACUUUUAGAACUGAGAAGGGAAAGUGAAGGAUGUAAUGGAGAAAUUCCCAAUUCUCAAAUAAUGGAAAACUCUGAAGAGAGAGAUUGUAAUGAUGUGUGUGUACUUCGUAUGACCCGUUGUAGACGUUCUCAAGUAGAACAGCAGCAGCUCAUCAGUGCUGAGAAAGCCAUAGAGAUCCUCACUGAGCCAGCUUCCCCUCUUAUUGUGGACUACGAAGAUCUUAAAAAACUGUUAAAGAUUGUCACCGAAAAAAGUAGAGACUACAAUAUAUUUCACUUGGAAAAACUUUAUGCAAUACUCAGCCAAUGUAUUUAUCGACAUCGCAAAGACUAUGACAAGACCAAAUUAAUACAGGAAAUGAAAAAAGAAAUUGCAGUCUUCAAGCAAACUGAAGAUCAUAAUAUCUAAAAUUAACUGAUUUCUACUUUUCUUACCUUUUACUUUAAUUUUAUGCUCCUUUGUAACCUGUGCAUAGUUCAAUAUCAGAGUGCAUAUACAUGUAUAAAUAUAUUAAAAUAUAUUGAGACAAGAUCAAGUAAAGGCUUUACAUUGCUUA